UUGAAAAAAACGGACAGCACCCGGAUUACGGCAUACAUACUCCUGAGACAAGUAUUUGCGAAUCACGGACUACCAGACGAAAUUAUAUCAGACAGAGAUACGAGAUUCAUGAGCAAGUUUUGGAUGACACUUACCGAACGAAUGGGGAUUGAACAGAAAGCGUCUACGGCGUAUCACCCUCAAACUGACGGACAAAGUGAACGAAUGAAUCAGACUGUGGAACAAUAUCUGAGAUGUUACAUCAACCAUGAACAGAACAAUUGGGUUGAAUUACUACCAAUGGCACAGCUCGCCUACAACGGAGCUAAGGCAGCCUCGACAGGCAUAACACCUUUCUUUGCAAAUUACGGAAGAGAACCGGAAACGAUAAAAAUACCCAGAAAAGCGAAGACUCACGCACGAGAAGCGGAGAUAUCGGCAGAAAAACUACGAUUACUACACGAAAAUAUGAAAAGAGAUUCGGAAUUCUUGAGUUACAGGAUGAGUAACUACUACGACAAGCAACGCAUGGAAGCGCCAACCUUUGAAAGGGGAGAGAAAGUAUUCCUACUACGGCGGAAUAUCAAAACAUUGAGACCAAACGACAAACUGGAUCAUCGAAAAAUCGGACCAUUCAAGAUUUUGGAGAAAACCGGACAAGUUAACUACAAACUCCAACUACCGGAACAUAUGAAAAUACACCCAGUAUUUCACGUCUCAUUAAUCGAAAAAGCACCCCAGAACGCCAAACCAUACGAACCAGAAAUCCAACAAGAAAACCAAGAACAAGAAUACGAAGUGGAAAGAAUCCUAGACGAGAAAAGGAUUAACGGAAAGAUUCACUACUUAGUGAAAUGGAAAGGCUACGACGAUUCAGAAAACACUUACGAGCCUAUGCGGAACCUUCAGAACGCGACUCAGGCGAUUGAGAAGUACCACCAGAGGAGAGAUUCUCAAGAAGAGCCUCGAGAGAAGGAUCACGAGAAGAGGAGGAGCCCAAAACGGCCUCGUCACGCUGAGUAA